GUUCAUCAAGAGUUCAACUCACCCUAUCAACUUCUGAUUCAUUGCUACGUUGAAGAAGGAAUACGCGGGAUUAUCCUUUCGUUGGGAUCAAAAUUGAACGGUCAGCAUCCCUGUUGUUACAGGUGAACGCCCAACCAUCAUUGCGGAGCACUACCGGUCACCUGAAGAAAUACGAAAACAAAUAACUUAAGUGGCUUGUGACGGUCCAUAUUACAAUGUCUAAUCGAAACAUUUACUAUUCGGACAAAUACCAUGACGAUGUCAACGAGUACCGCCAUGUGCAUUUGCCUAAAGAACUCGCAAAGAAAGUUCCAAGAAAUCGCUUGAUGUCGGAAUACGAAUGGCGAGAGUUAGGCAUACAGCAAUCAGCUGGUUGGGUCCAUUAUAUGAUACAUGAGCCUGAACCCCACAUUAUCUUGUUUCGGCGACCACGUACUGAUAUCCCGCCUCAACAAAAUCCUAAACCUGAUGAAGAAUCCACGUCGGCCCCUAUGAAGGCGUGAUUCACUUUAUCGGAAAGAUUCCCGGUAGUUUAUGACCCAUUCAUAUCAUAUAGGACAAGUUGAUCCAGUUAUCUAGACUGCUUGGCUUGUGCUGCGUUUGGCAGUUUGGAUCGUUUUGUACAUCUUCCGUUCCACAGUUGUUUGUUCACUUUGUUAUACUAAUGAAGCCUUUUGCAUUUCAAAUGUACAUUUUUUGCAAAUAGGCAAUCAUCAUAGCCUGUCAAUACGAUAUGCGUGGUGAGCACGACGACGGUGCCGACCCCAAUUAGCCUUCAAAGGAUUUUUUCUGGUUUGUUAUCCACUAGCCACCUCGGCGUUGCACUAUACGUGGCACGUUAUUGAGAGAAGCCACACACGGACAACCUACUCACAAGCACGCGGGUCGCAUAACCUACUCCGUCUUAUCCCAAUUAUCUCAUUGUUUCUUGGCUCCGAUGAAUGUGCGGCAUUUGUUUUUUCUUACGUCCAGCACAAAACUUAACAUUGGCCUUAAUUCUCUGGCCAAUUUUUAUUUCAUCACCUUUUGAGUGAGUUGCC